AUGGGGCGUAUUGGGCCUAUGACUUACUCCCAGGUUGUAGAAAGAGUUUUGGGAGCUGAACAACAAGAAGAAAAUAUUACACGAGUUCGAGCAUUCAAUAAUCGUAAGGAUUCUCAGUCUAAUAGGGAUUCAAACGGUAAUAAACGAAGUGGUAAAGAUUUCCAUCCUAAGUCAUAUCAAAAUAAAAAGCCUAAGAAUGACCAACAAAACAAGCAGUUCAGGCAACAACAGUGGGCACGAUGUCAGAAAUGUGGUAAAAAUCAUCUAGGGGAAUGUAGGGAAACAACUAAAGGUUGUUACAAAUGUGGCAAAGAUGAUCAUUUUAUCAAGAAUUGCCCUUUGUGGAAGAAUCAACCAAAGAAUGAGGAACCACAGAAGACCAAUGCAAGGAUAUUUGCAAUUUCUCAUACUGAUGCGGAGGCUAGUAACCCAGUAGUAUCGAGUGAGAUUUCUAUAGUUAGCAUUCCCACUUAUGCAUUAAUAGAUUCAGGUGCCACACAUUCAUUUGCGUCCAUGACAUAUGCAAAAAGAUUAGGGAGAUCAUCUGAAAAAUUGUCAGAAUGGUUUAGCACAAUGUUACCAUCCGGGGAGAUAUUAUACUCUUCAAUUUAUAUUGAUGGUAGAGAAUUAUAUGUUGAUCAAGUGGUGUUAGAAAUGCAUGAUUAUGAUGUGAUACUGGGUAUGGAUUGGCUUUCCAAGUAUAAUGCUACAAUUGAUUGUAGAAGGAAAAUUGUGCUAUUCAAGCCUUAUAAUGAGGAUCCCUUUAUGUUUGUUGGCACAUUAUCAAGGACUACUAUACCUUUGAUCUCGACAAUGAAGACGAAAAGGUUAUUAGAAGGUGGUUGUACUGGGUUCCUUGCUAAUGUGACAGAUAUUUCUAUGGAACAAAAGUUGAAACCUGAUGAUGUACCGAUAGUUUGA